GACAGACGUUUGACGUCACCGAAGGGAAACCUGAUGGAGGAAGCAGGAAGUUAGUCUGAGAGAAAAAGAAGCCUCGGAUCAUAAAUAAUAUCCAAAGAAGGAAGAAAAAAGAUUUUAAGAGGAGUUUUCCCAGAUUUUUUAGAAAUGGCUGGGAUUAAAGCGCUGGUUGGCCUGUCAUUUAGCGGGGCCAUAGGACUGACAUUUCUUCUGCUGGGCUGCGCAUUGGAACAGUACGGCGUUUACUGGCCGCUUUUUGUGCUGAUUUUCUACAUUUUAAGUCCAAUCCCAACCUUUAUAUCCAGACGUCUCAGUGAUGAUGACUCCUCCAGCAACGCAUGCAGGGAACUGGCCUACUUUUUAACGACGGGCAUCGUGGUGUCGUCUUUUGGGCUCCCCAUCGUCUUAGCUCGGAAUUCCACAAUCGAGUGGGGCGCCUGUGCCCUGGUGAUGACGGGAAACGCUGUCAUCUUCCUCACCAUCCUUGGCUUCUUUUUCAUCUUCGGAGGUGGGGAUGACUUCAGCUGGGAGCAGUGGUAGAGUGUCGGAGUAGCGCCCCGGCAGACGGGCGGGUAGGUGGAUAGACGGAUAAGGCCACAGCGGAUUGAGCGACGUUUUUGUCCUGCACUGAAAGGGGAGGAUGACUCCCAUGUGUAGAAAGAACAACCCCUUCAUCAAGAUGAUUUUUCCUUUUUACUUUACCGGGAGUUUAGAUUUAGCACACAGUAUGCUUCUAAAUGUGCCUUAAAUGUGUGUGAGCAUGGGGACACAGAUGCGUCUAGCUCCUAUAUCCACCAGCUCUAUCCUUUAUAUCAUGUGUGUCUUGCCUUCGCCUUAGUUUGAACUCCCAAACCUCCCCUCUUAUUGCAGAUAUCACCCUCAUCGCCGUGCAUCGUUUAAUCACCAGAAGGGUAACUCAUGUAAAUCACAUUGCAAAGCUUUACCUGGGCUUAUUUUUCUAUAGA